GUGAUAAACCCGUGUUUCAACAACUGGUAUCAGAGCCUAACUCGCGUCCAAACUUAACCGUUUGAGCUGAGAGAAAAGCGAUCAUGGGUUCUUCUUCUAGAAAUUUGUAUGCAGGAAUAGGUGAAGGGAAAUCAACCACACGGCCACCUCUUUUUGAUGGAACCAAUUAUACAUAUUGGAAAGAACGAAUGAGAAUCUAUAUUCGUUCCACGAACUUCCAAUUAAAGUUGGUUAUCAAAAACGGGGAAGAGGUGCCGAUGAAGAAAGUCGGAGACAAGUUGAUCACCAAGACCGAAGACGAAUUUGAUGCCAAAGACAUCAAGAAAGUAGAGAACUACGCAAAGGCGAUUAACAUGCUCUACUGCGCAGUCAACCCCGACGACUACCGCAAGAUCUCCUGCUGCUCAACUGCCAAGGAGAUGUGGGAUAAGCUCGAGGUGACGUACGAAGGAACGGACCAAGUACAUGAAGCCAAGAUCGACUUCCUCACCCAAGUGUUAGAAUAAUAGACCAACGCUAGAGGGGGGUGAAUAGCGUUUGAUCAAGAAUUCGCAGGAGUAAAAAAACUUUAAAGGAGAAGUAAAGAGAAGAGUAAGAG